AUGUCCUUAAAUGUUAUCAACACAAUGCUGGUGACAUGUGCUGUUUGCUGCUACCUGUUUUGGCUGAUUGCGAUUCUGGCUCAACUCAACCCUCUCUUUGGGCCACAGUUAAGCAAUGAAACAAUCUGGUAUCUUAAAUCUCACUGGCCUUAAGGAUGUCUGUCCUCUGCUGCAAUUUAUUGACUAGGUAAAGAAGAGAUUAUCUGCAGAUGAAAAACUCCACUGACCCAAAGAUGCCCUUAACGUAGUUGGUUGGAUACCAAGCCUGCAUUAAUGCCUUAACCUUUCUAUUGUGCUUCAAAUGGCUUGUUCAAAGCCCUGUAUUUUUUCCUACUAUACCGUUUAAGAGUGUGCCUAAUGCAAUUUAUACUCCUCUUCAGUACUGUAAAUUUUUGUCUGUUAACUUCAGAUCUGAUGAAAAUUUCUAAAGUUUUUAUGGGUCGUAGAGUCAGCUUUCCUGUUCAUUUUACUCACUCCGUAGGAACACUAUAUAUCUUACAGGUCUUAUGUUGUCUGUUGCUGUGCUGUUCACCCCUGUUCUGUGUUUGACUGCACUUGAAAAAAAUGUGUGCAAUGAAACUGUAUGAGGAGAGGAAAAACAGUGGUGCCACAUGCUGAUGGCAUUUAUUUUUUUAAAGUGAGUUGUAUUCUUGGGAAAUUUGGUCUUAAAUUUCUCAUGCCUGGAAAUAAAACUAAUCCUCUGCUUUAUACAAAAUGCUCUUGUGCCAUGUUUAACUGUUACGAUGUGCUUUUCUGUGGUUUUAAUCAGACAAUAGUUGGCCAGAGUUGAGCUGGGGAAACUUAAAUGAUGUGGGGAAACUGUGAUGAAGUCAUACGGUGUGAUGAGAUGAGCACACUUGCU